AAAAGUAAAGAAUCUGUGCAGAGAGGUGACAUUUUAUUAAAGCUUAUUUGAAAGAAGUGGAAUCACAAAAUCUUAACAAAUGCACAAGAGGAGAAAUUGUAGAAUCAAAUGAUGACACCUGAAGAUCUACUGUGGCUAAUGACAAACUCAAAAUUCUGGCAGAAGCUUAAAAUAUAACAGAAAUACAAAAAGGGGUACAGAAUAGGAUAUACAAAGACAGUCUAAUAAGCAUUCUUUAGAAUAUUAAGGGAGAGCACCCUGGAAAUAACUAUCACCUGACAAAAAAGAAACAAGCACUUUGGAGUAACGUAUAGGAAGAGGUCCAAAAACAAAAGGAAGUGAUGUAGAUGAGCGAACUACCAAUGGAAACAGAAAACACACACAGUAAAUGAAGUUAAAAGAAAAAUGUCAGUUCAACAGAAAUUGUCAAGAAAUUUCAUAAACUCCCAAUGGCUUAAUAGGAGGAGCAAAUAGAAUUUGAAAAACCAACUGAGGGUCACCCCAUCUCAAAAAAGCUCUAAACCAUACUAAACGAGAACAACCCAAAGAGGGGAAAAUGACACCAUAAGAGGACUAAGGGGUCCAAGAAAUUUAAGAGCAGCCCCAGGACUUGUGUAUAGAAGAGGAAACGACCAAAAAUGAAAUGAAACCAUACCACAUGAAGUACUACAAAUACAUCUGAUAAGCUAUACCUGAGAGAAAACAACACUAACCACAUAUAAUGGACCUGAGUUAAGAGAAAACAGGAUCUGGCAUUGUGCGUCACAACAAAUCAACUCUGAAGUAACAGUACAAAACAAAAUCAAAGUAAGGAAAUAUCAACACAAUUAGACACCACCCUGGUGAAACAAACUGUAAAGAAUCUAUGCAGAGAGGUGACAUUAAUUAAAGCUUAUUUGAAAGAAGUGGAAUUACAAAAUCUUAACAAAAGUACAAUAGCAGUAAUCCUAGAAUCACAUGAUGACACCCGAAGAUCUACAAUGGCUAACGACAAACUCUGAAUUCUGGCAGAAGCUUAAAAGUUAAGAGAAACACAAAAAAGGGUACAGAAUAGGAUUUGCAAAGACAAUCUGGAAAAGUUCCGUAGAAUGAUGAGGAGGGGGCACCCUGGCAAUAACUUCACCACCUGACACAAAAGAAACAAACACUUUGGAGUAACGUAUAGGAAGAGGUCCAGGAACACAAAGAAGCAACAUAGAUGAGCGAACUACCAAUGGAAACAGAAAAUGGAGUGUUCCUGGUGCUCUUUCCAGCUUGGUAUUCCUCAUAGCAACGUGUCAUGUGACGUCAUCAAAGGCGCCGGAACUGCAGUCGGCGUGCGGAAGGUGACGGCGGGGAGUUUUGAGAAGUGAACGACGACCAGAAGUGAAAGAUAAUAGAAGCGCUUUAUGCCGAGUGAGUCCUCCUUGAAAAGUAUCACAUCAUCCAGAGUCCGAAGCCAGGAAGAGGCAGCUGCCAUUUACUGUAAUGCUAAGAUGAAUGUGAAAGAGGAGCCGUGCGAGACUGACAUAAAUACCAUGGAGCUAGCAACUGUAAAUACUAAGGAGGAGGACUGUAAAUGUGAGCCUAAACAGGGCAGCCUCUGCAUUAAAGAUGAAGAUCGUGAAGUGGCAACUGCAGGCAUUAAAGAAGAGGCUAUUGAGACAUCCAAGUAUGAAAUUAUGGGGCCUGGUGAGGAAGAUCACCUUCAUUCAGAGUUGACCCUUCACCAUGAGUGUCAAGAGGAAGCCGUGGCUGUGAUAAUGUCUUGUCACAGCAGAGGUCAUUCAUCUGUGAGUCCAUCUAUCAAACAGAGUCCUGAAUCAUUACAUUCUGACACCGUAAGGGCAAAAGAGGAAUUUUCAUCUAGUUUAACGCGGGACACUCAACCAUCACCUUCAAAACAGUCUGGAGGAAGAGACAAACCUCAUUGCUGUCCUGAAUGUGGCAUGCGAUUUUAUAGUUUAAGAAAUCUUCAUUGUCACACAAGAAUUCACACUGGAGAGAAGCCAUUUUGCUGUUUGGACUGUGGCAAACGGUUCUCAAAGAUCGUCACCCUUGAGACCCACAUAAGAAUUCACAGUGGAAAAAAGCCAUAUUCUUCUUCAGAUUGUGAAAAGCAAUUCUCAGACAGGAGCCGUUUUCAGAGACACAGAAAAAAUCACACUGGAAAGAAAUUAAUCCCAAAGGAGAAACGUUUCUGCUGUUCGGAAUGUGGCAAACUAUUUUCACAACUAAGACAUCUUCAUAUUCACACAAGAAUUCAUACUGGGGAGAAACCAUUUAAGUGUAAUGAAUGUGGAAAGCAAUUUACACAAAUGAGCGGUCUUCAGGUCCACAAGCAAAGUCACAGUGAAGAAAAGCCAUACGGCUGUAAUGAAUGUGGUAAGCAGUUCCCUUACAAGAGCAGUCUUCGGACCCACUUAAAAAUUCAUUUAGGUGAGAAACCACAUUGCUGUUCUACUUGUGGUAAACGGUUCUCCCAAAUUUCCACUCUUCAGACCCACACACGACUUCAUACUGGAGAAAAGCCAUAUUCCUGCUCUGAGUGUGGGAAAAGAUUCUCUGACAGCAGCUGUUUUCGGAAACACAAAAGAAUUCACAUGAGAGAGAAAUGUUACUGCUGUUUGGAAUGUGGCAAACAAUUCUAUGACAAAAGUAGUCUUCAAAGACACUCUAGAAUUCACAAUGGAGAAAAGCUACAUAGUUGUCAGGAGUGUGGAAAACAGUUUGUACAAUUAAGGAGUCUAGAGAAUCACACAAGAACUCACACAGGAGAAAGGCCAUAUUGCUGUUCAGAAUGUGGCAAACUAUUUUCACAGCUAAGCCACCUGCAGAAUCACACAAGAAUUCAUACUGGGGAGAAACCAUUUAGCUGUAAUGAAUGUGGCAAGCAAUUUACACAAAUUAGCGGUCUUCAGAUCCACAAGCAAAGUCACAGUGAAGAAAAGCCAUACGGCUGUAAUGAAUGUGGUAAGCAGUUCCCUUACAAGAGCAGUCUUCGCAACCACAUAAAAAUUCAUUUAGGUGAGAAACCUCAUUGCUGUUCUAUUUGUGGUAAACGGUUCUCCCAAAUUUACACUCUUCAGACUCACAUAAGAGUUCAUACUGGAGAAAAGCCAUAUUCCUGCUCUGAGUGUGGGAAAAGAUUCUCUGACAGCAGCUGUUUUCGGAGACACAGAAAAAUUCACACGAGAGUGAAAUGUUACUGCUGUUCGGAAUGUAGCAAACAAUUCUAUGACAAAAGUAGUCUUCAAAGACACUCUAGAAUUCACAAUGGAGAAAAGCUACAUAGUUGUCAGGAGUGUGGAAAACAGUUUGUACAAUUAAGGAGUCUAGAGAAGCACACAAGAACUCACAUGGGAGAAAAGCCAUAUUGCUGUUCAGACUGUGGCAAACUAUUUUCAAAACUAAGAUACCUUCAGAUUCACACAAGAAUUCAUACUGGGGAGAAACCAUUUAAGUGUAAUGAAUGUGGAAAGCAAUUUACACAAAUGAGCGGUCUUCAGAUCCACAAGCAAAGUCACAGUGAAGAAAAGCCAUACGGCUGUAAUGAAUGUGGUAAGCAGUUCCCUUACAAGAGCAGUCUUCGGACCCACUUAAAAAUUCAUUUAGGUGAGAAACCUCAUUGCUGUUCUACUUGUGGUAAACGGUUCUCCCAAAUUUCCACUCUUCGGACCCACAUAAGAGUUCAUACUGGAGAAAAGCCAUAUUCCUGCUCUGAGUGUGGGAAAAGAUUCUCUGACAGCAGCAGUUUUCGUAAACACAAAAGAAUUCACACGGGAGAGAAAUGUUACUGCUGUUCGGAAUGUGGUAAGCAGUUUACACAAAGGGUCACUCUUAAGACCCACAUUAGAAUUCACACUGGUGAGAAGACAUAUUCUUGUUCUGAAUAUGGGAAACAAUUCUCCGACAGCAGUCAUCUUCGGGGACACAAAAGAAUUCACCAUUAAGAGAAGCCCAGAAGGAGUAGGUUAGAGGGCGAAGAAGGGAGGAAGGACUCCAAAGUAACUCUCCUAAUUCCAGGUCUAGAUUAGUACCUCUACAGGAUAGGCUUCAUUGUGUGAGAUCACUACCAAAUCUUAUCAUAAUAUGAGUCUGCUUUCACCAUGUGAAAAGGGUCCAUCAUAUUAGCUAGCUGCAGGAUAGAAAGAUGUCCACACUCUGCCUCUACACUAAAGUAGGUUAUGGUGUUUGUGAUAGUGUAAAAUCUAAUUUGAUGUCAGUCUGGAUGGGUAGUUUUCUAGUCCAAAAAUAAUCAAAUAAAAAGAAAAUAAGUCAAUAAAAAUUAGAAUCAUCUUUUUCUGUUUGGUGGCAAAUACAUGAUCAAAAUGCAAGACCCAGUAGAUGUGAGAAUAGAAAGGGACAAGACUUGGGAGGAUGAGACGAAAAGGGACAUUACAUAGUUCAGUAAUUAAUCUACAAUCAAGGUGAUUAUCAUUAAGAAGUGAAAUAACCUCAAAAGUUACAGAUUUUCAUAUAGUACCAUCUUUUAAGAGAGAAGUUAUGGCGGAAGGAAUGGAGAUACAGCAGACUGAAAGUUACAAAAAACAUUGAAUUUAACAGACAUUUCAUAAGAAGCUCUACCCCAGUGGCUUAAGAAGAGGAGCAAUCAGGAAUGUAAAAAUCAACUGAGAGUCACCCUGACCCAAAAAGGAAUAAACCAACUGAAGAGAAUGACACCAUAAGAGGACUUAAGGGGUCCAGGAAGUUUAAGAGCAGCCCCAGGACUUAUGUAUAGAAGAGGAAAUGACCAACAAUAAAAUGAAACCAUACCACAUGAAGUACUACAAAUAAAUGUAAUAAGCUAUAACUGAGAGAAAGCAACACUAACCACAUAUAAUGGACUUGAUUUCAUAGAAAACAGGAUCUGGUAUUGUGCAUCACAACGCAUGAAAUCUAAAGUAACAGGACAGAAGAAAAUCAAAGUAAGGAAAUAUCAACACAAUUAGACACCACCCUGGUGAAACAAGCCGUGAAGAAAAGUAAAGAAUCUAUGCAGAGAGGUGACAUUUAUUAAAGCUUAUUUGAAAGAAGUGGAAUCACAAAAUCUUAACAAAUGUACAAGAGCAGAAAUCAUAGAAUCACAUGAUGACACCUGAAGAUCUACAGUAGCUAACGACAAACUCAAAAUUCUGGCGGAAGCUUAAAAGUUAAGAGAAACAAAUAAAGGGGUACAGAAUAGGAUUUGCAAAGACAGUCUGAUAAGCGUUCUUUAGAAUGUUAAGGGAGAGCACCCUGGAAAUAACUUCAUCACCUGACAAAAAAGAAACAAACACUUUGGAGUAACGUAUAGGAAGAGGUCAAAAAAAUACAAAGAAGCAACGUAGAUGAGCAAACUACCAAUGUAAGCAGAAAACGCAUACAGUAAAUGACAGAAGAUGGAGUGUUCCUGGUGCUUUUUCCAGGUUUGUGUUUUUGAUUUGAUUUUGGACUUCUUGGCUUUGUGUUACAGGUUACUUCUGAGGAUUUCAGGCAACAAUCUGUUUUGAUA